ACCAGGAGAGGAACUCCAGUCUGGACCAGGAGGACCAGCCUCCACAGAUUAAAGAGGAACAGGAGGAGCUCUGCAGCAUUCAGGAGGGAGAGCAACUUGUACUGAAGCAGGAGACUGAAGGCAUUAUCGUCUGGACUGAUGAAGAGCAGCUCAGACUGAUGGAGACCAUCCGGAAACCUGUGAUAAAGUUACACAGAAUAGAUGUCCUACACCAACAUGCUAUUGAGGAAGAAGAGGCUCUUACAGAACAGCGGGUCUUUAACCAGGAGAGGAACUCUAGUCUGGACCAGGAGGACCCAGAGCCUCCACAGAUUAAAGAGGAACAGGAGGAACUGUGCAGCAUUCAGGAGGGAGAGCAGCUUGGACUGAAGCAGGAGAGGGAUACCUUCAUGAAGACUCCUACUUAUGAGGAAAGUCACCACAGUGAACCAGAACCAAACAGUGAGCAGCUCCUUUCUCACAGCUCUCCUGAAGCAGAGAGCAGAUAUCAUGAAGAAAAUGGGCAUGUGGACUCUGGAUCUACUAGAAAUGCAGAGCUGAAGAAGAGACAUCACAGUCAGAGAGUAGACAACAGUCCUGUGUCAGUGAGUCAAAGUAGAACUGACACAAAGAACAAGUCUGUACAAUGUGACGUGUGUGGAAAAAGUUUACAGAAUAAAUACAAAAUGACUACACAUCUAAGAGUUCACACAGGUGAGAAACCAUAUCCUUGUACCACCUGUGGUAAAAGAUUCGCUCUUCCAGCAGCAUGCAAAACACACAUGAGAAUUCACACAGGUGAGAACUUGUAUUCUUGUAGGACCUGUGGAAAAAGAUUUGCUAGCCCAUCAGCGUUCAAAAAACACAUGAGAAUUCACACUGGUGAGAUGCCGUAUUCAUGUAGCACCUGUGGGAAAAGAUUUGCUGCAUCAUCAGUGUUCAAAAAACACACAAGAAUUCACACAGUUGAGAAGCUGUAUUCCUGUGGCUUCUGUGGAAAAAGAUUUGCUGUCUCCUCAGCAUUAAAAACACACAUGAGAAUUCAUGCUGGCGAGAAGCCGUAUUCUUGUAAUGCUUGUGGGAAAAGAUUUAUUCAGAAGUCACAACUGGAAAGUCAUAUAAGAAUUCACACAGGUGAGAAACCAUAUCCUUGUACCACCUGUGGUCAAAGAUUUGCUCACGCAUCAGCAUGCAAAAGACACAUGAGAAUUCACACAGGUGAGAAGCCGUAUUCUUGUAACACCUGUGGGAAAAGAUUUAUUCAGAAAUCACAUUUGAACUGUCAUGUAAGAAUUCACACAGGUGAGAAACCGUAUCCUUGUAGCAUCUGUGGGGAAAGGUUUGUCCAGAGGAUAAAAUUAAAGAAGCACAUGAGAAUUCAUGCGCGUUCAAAUGUUCAUACUAAGAAAAUGCGGGACAGCUGUGAGUCAUCGCUAAACACGUGAGUGAAAAGAUGAUCCAUAUUCAGGCCAUUAUUUUUCUGUCUAGAGCAGUAAAGAACUCUCAGCAUUGUUUGUUCAGUUUAUUUUAUUAAUUGUAUCAGGGAAACUCUGAUCUUAUAUUUCAUGAAGCUUUAAAUUCUGUAUGCUCCUGUUCUGUUGGUUCAUUGUUUAGCUAUGUUGUUUAUUAUUACUGUUUUAUAUCCUAUAUUGGGACAAAUGCCCCAAAAAACUCAAUAAAUAAACACAAUAAAAA